GUUCAUUGUUCACAAGGCAGCAUCAUCCUCGGAUUACAUCGCUAUACGGGGAUAUAUUAGCGUUAUCUCGAGGUUAAAGCGUCUUUCUUUCCAUCACUCCGACUAUGAAGCCGCAAUUCCUUUCCCUGCUGUAAUCCGAUGUCUGCAUUCCGCUCCUGGCUCCCUCCUUCAGGAGUCCAUCGCGCAACCCAUGAACUCCCACUGUAUCACUCUCCACCAACCUCUCCUCCUCCAGGACAGGCCGCGGAAUCGAUCCAUGCCUCCACGCUUCGACUCCAGCAUGCACGGGAAACUCCCACCGAGCUUCUGGCUCUCGAACGAAAGGCCACGGAGUUGCAGGAGAGGCUCCAGCAUUUAGUCGACGCGCAGUCCGAAGCUCUCCUGGCGGUAAAUGGCCCUCAAGGAGCUACCGAUCCCGAGCUAGAUCCCGAGCUGGGAGACUUCCCUGACUACCUCGACGAUGCCGACAACAGCAGCUUGACCGGAACAGCGUGGAGCACGCCUUCAUCUAGGUCUCCAGCAGGCCGCGGUCAUCGCCUGCCACCGCAUGUAUCAGGGAAGCCAAAAUCCCUCCACUCGACGAGACACAAUAUCUACAAAACCAUGCUACGGCUCUCACGCCUGAAGUCUCGCGAGCAUGAGCUCCUAACACCGCAACUAUCCUCCCACACGGCCAACCUCCACCGGAUUGACACCUGGGACCGCCAGAAAUCACGCAUCGCACGCGCCGCGUCCGAACUCCAAUUCUCGCCGGAUGGCCGACGCGCCCAAGAGCUCGGGGAGGAGGUGGAUCGUGUAGAUCAAGAGAUUGAGGAGCUGCAGACGCGGUUGAAUCAGCUGAAGUCCCAACGGGACAGACUGGAUGAUGAGCAUCAAAAAUUGUUGAAUCGCUUGGAGGCACAGCAGGCGAAGUUCCGGCGAGAAGAGCAGAACGUCGAGGCGGAAGUCCGGGACUUUGUGGGUAGAGCUCCGGAGAACCUCGGAGAUGGUGCCAAGGCGAUCUGGAAUAUCAAGCCGGAACGACGGACGUUGGAGAUGGCGAAGGACUAUUGGGAAUGGCGGUUGGAAGGCUCAGAGAGACGGGUUAAGGCUGCUGAACGCGAAGAAGAUGCAUUAAAGGACGGUGCCCAGAUAUGGCGACAGGUCGUUGAGAGAGUCAACGAGUUCGAGAGGUCACUCCGAGAGUCUCUCCAAGCGAUCGCUGCGUCCACAAAACCUGGUGCCAAUAUGGAAAGCGUGUCGAAAACGUCCCGAUCGAUCCAAAACGCUAUGGACGAGGUGGCAUCCUACCUGGAAGAACAGCACGAAGUAUCCAUCCAGAAGGGCUGGAACCUGCUCAUUACCUGUAUUGGAGCCGAAUUGGAGGCGUUCAGGCAGGCGCAGGAUGUCUUGGGUCAAACGCUUCAGACAUUGCAGCAGACAGAGUUAUCUGAGCUGCCGUCAUCGCCGUUUGGAAAGGGUUUAAGGAGGCGUAGCAAGCGUAUGUCACAACCGGUGAGCGAUGCAUCGACUGCGACAGUCAUCUCGCCUUCCAAGCAAGUUGUCAUAUCGCCAUUGGAUGAUGAUUCUGAGGAUGCGGAUCCAGAUCCGGAUUUGCUAAUCUCACAUCUGGACACGGAUCCGGAAUCAUAA